GACAUCUGUGAUCUGGGCUCGGUGCUUGCGACGUCCUCUCCCACCAUCCCUCAACCAAAAACACCUGCAAACUUGCAACUUGCACGAUACCUCACACCUUUGCUGAUAUACAUACCCGUCGACGCCGACACAAAGGGAGUGCUACAACUGCCCUCGAUUCGAUCUGCGCUCCGGCCAUCUUCCUCGCCUCUGUCUCGAACCCCAACCCCCCUUUCCGGGAGCUUCCACGUAUUGCGAUUCAGGAGCCAUCUGCGACACUACUCUCGACAAAGAAGUCUGUCCUCGACUCAACCCUCUCCUCUGCCCAAACCCACGACCACUACAUCUCCCAAAACUCCCAGGCCGCAUCGCAACAAUGAGCGCGCCCCCCGCUUCCAGCCAAGGUGGUAUCUCGGAUCCCGCCUUGAUCACCCUCGUGAACAAGCUCCAGGAUGUCUUCACAACGGUUGGCGUCACCAACCCUAUCGAUCUCCCUCAAAUCGUCGUCGUUGGUAGUCAGUCUAGCGGUAAGAGUUCCGUCUUGGAGAAUAUCGUAGGAAGAGACUUCUUGCCCCGAGGUUCUGGAAUUUGCACCCGUCGACCCCUCGUCCUACAGCUCAUCAACCGUCCCGCGACUUCACAGAACGGCAUCGAGGAGGUGGAAAACAGCACCGACAAGGCAGCCAACGCCGACGAAUGGGGCGAGUUCCUCCAUAUCCCCGGCCAAAAGUUCUACGACUUCAACAAGAUUCGCGAUGAGAUUAGCAGAGAAACGGAGGCCAAGGUCGGCCGCAAUGCAGGCAUUUCGCCCGCUCCCAUCAACUUGAGAGUCUACUCCCCGAACGUUCUCACUUUGACCCUGGUCGAUUUGCCCGGUCUGACCAGAGUGCCAGUCGGAGACCAGCCCCGCGAUAUCGAGCGCCAGAUUCGCGAUAUGAUUCUCAAGUACAUCUCCAAGUCUAACGCCAUCAUUCUUGCUGUCACAGCUGCCAAUAUCGAUCUUGCCAACUCCGACGGUCUCAAGCUUGCCCGCGAGGUCGACCCCGAGGGUCAGCGAACGAUUGGUGUUCUCACCAAGGUGGAUCUUAUGGACGAGGGUACCGAUGUUGUUGAUAUUCUGGCUGGACGCAUCAUUCCUUUGCGGUUGGGAUACGUUCCUGUGGUCAACCGUGGCCAGCGAGACAUCGAUAACAAGAAGCCGAUUAUGGCAGCCCUGGAGAAUGAGAAGAACUUCUUCGAUAAUCACAAGGCUUACAGGAACAAGAGCUCCUACUGCGGAACUCCCUACUUGGCUAGGAAGCUUAACCUUAUUCUGAUGAUGCACAUCAAGCAGACGCUGCCCGACAUCAAGGCUCGCAUCUCGAGCUCACUGCAAAAGUAUGCUACCGAGCUGGACAGCUUGGGACCUAGCAUGCUGGGCAACAGCGCCAACAUUGUUCUCAACAUCAUCACCGAGUUCACAAACGAGUGGCGGACGGUCUUGGACGGCAACAAUACAGAGCUUUCCAGCACGGAAUUGUCGGGUGGUGCGAGAAUUAGCUUCGUGUUUCACGAGCUAUACUCCAAUGGUGUCAAGGCUGUUGACCCCUUCGACGUGGUCAAGGAUGUUGAUAUUCGUACAAUCCUGUACAACUCGUCCGGUUCCUCUCCGGCUCUUUUCGUCGGCACCACUGCCUUCGAGUUGAUUGUGAAGCAGCAGAUCAAGCGCUUGGAAGACCCGAGUCUGAAGUGUGUGUCCCUCGUCUACGACGAGCUGGUGCGCAUCCUGUCCCAGCUUUUGGGCAAGUCGCUCUACCGCAGAUACCCUUCACUCAAGGAGAAGGUUCAUACAGUGGUUAUCAACUUCUUCAAGAAGGCCAUGGAGCCUACCAACAAGCUGGUCAAGGAUCUCGUGGCUAUGGAGGCAUGCUACAUCAACACUGGCCACCCUGACUUCUUGAACGGUCACAGGGCUAUGGCUAUGGUGAAUGAGCGCUACAACCCUUCCAAGCCCACUCAGGUUGAUCCUAAGACCGGCAAGCCUCUUCCGGGAGGUACCCCUCGAGCGUCUAGCCCAGCUGUGCCCGAAGAUGCGAAUGGAGGCUUCUUUGGCAGUUUCUUCGCCGCGAAGAACAAGAAGAAGGCGGCGGCCAUGGAGGCCCCCCCGCCGACACUCAAGGCUUCUGGAACGCUGUCAGAGCGCGAGAACAUUGAGGUGGAAGUCAUCAAGUUGCUUAUCUCUUCCUACUACAACAUUGUGAGGCGAACCAUGAUCGACAUGGUUCCCAAGGCCAUCAUGCUUACCCUUGUUCAUGGCAGAUUCACCAAGGAUGAGAUGCAGAAGGAGCUCUUGGAGAACAUGUAUCGCACUGACACUCUGGACGACCUGCUCAAGGAGAGCGAUUUCACCAUUCGCAGAAGAAAGGAGUGCCAGCAAAUGGUGGAGUCCCUUGGCAAGGCCAGCGAGAUUGUCAGCCAGGUCCAGUAA